AUGCCUGCUGGAGACAUACCUGAGUACCACAGUGAAGGUGGUACAUGGAAGAUGGAUGCCUUAUGCCCUCUCAAUGCUGUACUUUCCCAGGAGGAGAGCCUUCAGGAGAAAGAAAUGGAUGAGGGGUCACAGAUCAUCAGGUCCCAGGAAUCAGUGACAUUCCAGGACGUGGCUGUGGACUUCACCCAGGAAGAGUGGGAACAGCUGGACCCUGCUCAGAAGAGCCUGUACCGAGAUGUGACUCUGGAGAACUACAGGAAUCUGGCUGCACUGGGGCAUCAACUUUAUAAGCCAGAAGUGAUCACUCAUUUGGAGCAAGAGGAACAGUGGAUGAUGGAAAGCAAGAACCUACCAGUCACCCAUCCAGAUGUGGAGAAUAGACCUGAAAUAAAAAAGUCAACUCCAAACAAGAUUAUUUCUGAUGAAAAGCAAGCACAUGACAAUAUAAUGGAGAGACUAACAGGAAAUAAUUUCUGGUUCUCCAUCUUAGGAGGACUCUGGGAUUUUGAUUAUCAGUUAGAGUUGAACCAGGAAAGCCAUCAGAGACAUUUGGGACAAGGAUCUCUCACCCACAAAAAGAUUACUCAGGAGAGAAGCUUUGAAUGCUUUAAACUUAGGGAAACCUAUAACCUAAAAUCAAACCUUAUUCAUCAAAGAAUUCCUUCAGUGAAAAUUCCGCUUAACUCUGACACACAAGGAAAUGGCAUCAAACAUAUUUCAGACUUGAUUUACUAUCAGGGAAAUUAUAUAACAGAGAAUCCCUAUGAAUAUAACGAAGGUGGAAAAAUCUUAAGUCAACAUCUUCUCAGUAAUCAUAUUCAUACUGCAGAGAAGCCCAGUGAAUGUGGGAAGGCCUUCACCCACAGCUCCUCUUUAGCCCAACCUCAAAUAGUCCUUACAGGAGAGAAGCCCUACAAGUGUGAUGAAUGUGGAAAGAGAUUCAGCCAGAGGAUCCAUCUUAUUCAACAUCAGAGAAUCCACACAGGCGAAAAACCCUUUAUAUGCAAUGAAUGUGGGAAAGCCUUCCGUCAGCAUUCAUCCUUUACUCAACACCUGAGAAUUCACACUGGAGAGAAGCCCUAUAAAUGCAAUCAGUGUGGCAAAGCCUUUAGCCGCAUUACAUCCCUUACAGAGCAUCAUAGACUUCACACUGGAGAGAAGCCUUAUGAAUGUAGUUUUUGUGGGAAAGCCUUCAGCCAGAGGACACACCUUAAUCAACAUGAGCGAACUCAUACAGGAGAGAAACCCUAUAAAUGUAAUGAGUGUGGAAAAGCCUUCAGCCAGAGCGCACAUCUUAAUCAACAUAGGAAAAUCCAUUCUCGGGAGAAAUUAUGUCAAUACAAUAAAUAUGAGAAAGCCUUAAGCCAAAGUCCUUCACUUAUUCAGCAGCACCUAAGUCCUGGGGGGGAAGUCAUAUGA